GGGAGAGGUCUAGGGCAGGGCUGCCCAGCAAGACAGGCGGACAAAAGGCACAGGUCCCGCAAUGGAGGGAGCCUCCUUCGGCGCCGGCCGAGCGGGAGCUGCCUUUGAUCCCGUGAGCUUCGCGCGGCGGCCCCAGACCCUGUUGCGGGUAGUGUCCUGGGUCUAAUCCAGUCCCCUUCCUCAGUCUUCAUUUUUCCGGUUCUCGCGACUUGGAAGCGGGCACAGGGUUGCGGAUGUGAAUCUCCGAGGGAUUCAGGGACUAAAUUCCAGAUGGAAGAGGGGGUGUUUUCUAUCGCUGUGUUUGGUCCGAUUGUCAACGAGGGCUACGUGAACUCUGACAGCGGUCCAGAGCUGCGCUGCAUCUUCAACGGAAACGCGGGCGCCUGCCGCUUCGGCGUUGUGCUAGGUCUCGGGGCCUUCAUCGCCUGUGCCGCCUUUCUGCUGCUGGACGUGCGCUUUCAGCAGAUCAGCAGCGUCCGAGACCGCCGCCGCGCAGUGCUACUGGACCUGGGCUUCUCAGGGGUCUGGUCCUUCCUGUGGUUCGUAGGCUUCUGUUUCCUCACCAAUCAGUGGCAACGCACAGAGCCAGGGCCAGGCACCGCGCAGGCUGGGGAUGCAGCGCGGGCCGCCAUCGCUUUCAGCUUCUUCUCCGUCCUCAGCUGGGUGGCGCUAACCGUGAAGGCCCUGCAGCGGUUCCGCCUAGGCACCGAUAUGUCUCUCUUUGCCACAGAUCAGCUAGGCGCUGGGACUGCCCAGGCCUACCCAGGCUACCCAGUGGGCAGUGGUGUGGAGGGCACAGAAACAUACCAGAGCCCGCCCUUCACCGAGACCCUGGACACCAGCCCCAAAGGGUACCAGGUGCCUGCCUAUUAGUAGCUGUUAGGCUCCGGCCAGGGCUGGAAGGCCACCUCACCAUCGUAGGCCUCAAGGCCUCCUGAGACCUUUCCUGGGUCCUACCGUGCCAGGGACAGAGAAGGUGGCCACGGUAGGCCUCUGGGACCAAGGAGAGUAACCUCCCUGGGGUGCCUGGACUGUCCCCACAAAGUUCCCCCUAGCCAGAGGUCCCAGUCCUACGGCCCCCCGAGAAGAGUCCUGGAGUGGACUGGCCUGGGAGGCAUUCCUUUCAUGGGUCAGCCAACCAGGGGCUCACCUGUCCACUCUAGGGCCAGAAGUCUGCCUGCCUUUCAGGGCAGGAUGCAAGGGCUUCUGGGGACCAGGAAGAGAGGGAGACUAAUUGUACCCUUAGGUGGAGGUUAUGGUCCUUGUUUCCAGUCCCAUGUCCCUGUGGCAGUGACUGCCCUGGCUCCUAUCACAGUGGUCCACCCUGUCCAGAGGUUCCUCCCUCCACUUCCUCUUGCAGGAUCCCUAGAGCAGCUCUGCCCCAUA